GGCGCCCAUCGGGCGCCAUCUUGUCUUGUUCAUGAAGAAGUAGGAGCAUCGAAAGGGUUGGGGAGAAUUACAGGAACGGUGGCGACUGCGGUAUUCCGGGAUCGGAGCGGAAACGUGAAGGAUGUGGGAUCAAGGAGGACAACCUUGGCAGCAAUGGCCCCUGAACCAACAACAGUGGAUGCAGUCAUUUCAGCACCAGCAGGAUCCAAGCCAGAUUGACUGGGCUGCUUUGGCCCAAGCUUGGAUCGCACAAAGAGAAGCUUCAGGACAGCAAAACAUCGUAGAGCAACCACCAGGAAUGAUGCCAAAUGGACAGGAUAUGCCUCCAAUGGAGUCUGGUCCAAAUAAUCAUGGGAAUUUUCAAGGGGAUUCAAAUUUUAACAGAAUGUGGCAACCAGAAUGGGGAAUGCAUCAGCAGCCCCCACACCCCCCUCCAGAUCAGCCAUGGAUGCCACCAACACCAGGCCCAAUGGACAUUGUUCCUCCUUCUGAAGACAGCAACAGUCAGGACAGUGGGGAAUUUGCCCCUGACAACAGGCAUAUAUUUAACCAGAACAAUCACAACUUUGGUGGACCACCUGAUAAUUUUGCAGUGGGGCCGGUGAACCAGUUUGACUAUCAGCAUGGGGCUGCUUUUGGUCCACCGCAAGGUGGAUUUCAUCCUCCUUAUUGGCAACCAGGACCUCCAGGACCUCCAGCACCUGCCCAGAAUCGAAGAGAGCGGCCACCAUCAUUCAGGGACCGGCAGCGUUCACCAAUUGCACUUCCUGUGAAGCAGGAGCCACCACAAAUUGAUGCAGUAAAACGCAGGACUCUUCCAGCCUGGAUUCGUGAAGGCCUUGAGAAAAUGGAACGUGAAAAACAGAAGAAAUUAGAGAAAGAAAGAAUGGAACAGCAGCGUUCACAAUUGUCAAAAAAAGAAAAGAAGGCCACAGAAGAUGCCGAAGGGGGAGAUGGCCCUCGUUUACCCCAGAGAAGUAAAUUUGAUAGUGAUGAAGAAGAUGAAGAUGCUGAAAACACUGAGGCUGUGAGUAGUGGAAAAGUUACCAGAAGUCCAUCUCCAGCUCCCCAAGAAGAGCACAGUGAGCCGGAGAUGACAGAAGAAGAGAAGGAGUAUCAGAUGAUGUUGCUGACAAAAAUGCUUCUAACUGAAAUUCUUCUGGACGUCACAGAUGAAGAAAUUUAUUAUGUAGCCAAAGAUGCACACCGGAAAGCAACGAAAGCUCCUGCAAAACAGCUGGCACAGUCCAGUGCACUGGCCUCCCUCACUGGCCUCGGUGGACUGGGUGGUUAUGGAUCAGGAGACAGUGAGGAUGAAAGGAGUGACCGAGGCUCUGAGUCAUCCGAUACUGACGAUGAAGAAUUACGGCACAGAAUCCGGCAAAAACAGGAAGCUUUUUGGAGAAAAGAAAAAGAACAGCAGCUAUUACAAGACAAACAGAUGGAAGAAGAAAAGCAACAAACAGAAAGGGUUACAAAAGAGAUGAAUGAAUUUAUUCACAGAGAGCAAAAUAGUUUAUCACUGCUAGAAGCAAGUGAAGCAGACGGUGAUGUGGUUAAUGAAAAGAAAAGAACUCCAAAUGAAGCUCCACCAGUUUUAGAGCCCAAGAGAGAACAUACAGGGAAAGAGAAGGAGCGAAGGAGCAGGUCAGGGAGCAGCAGCAGCGGCAGCUCCAGUAGCAAUAGCAGGAGCAGCAGCAGCAGCAGCAGCUCCGUCUCCAGUUCUUCGUGCAGCUCCAGCUCAGGCAGCAGCUGCACGUCCUCCCGCUCCUCUUCUCCUAAAAGGAGAAAGAGACACAGUAGGAGCAGGUCUCCCACAGUGAAAGCUAGACGGAGCAGGAGCAGGAGCUACUCUCGCAGGGUUAAAAUAGACAGCAGCAGUAGGGCUAGGGUGAAGCUAAGAGAUAGGAGGAGAUCUAAUAGAAGUAGCCUUGAAAGAGAAAGACGAAGAAACCGGAGUCCUUCCCGAGACAGACGUAGAAGCAGAAGUCGCUCGAGGGAUAGACGAGCCAAUCGUUCCAGUCGCAGUAGGAGUCGAGAUAGGCGUAAAAUUGAGGAUCCACGUGGAAAUCUUAGUGGGAGCAGUCAUAAGCAUAAAGGUGAGGCUAAAGAACAAGACAGGAAAAAGGAGAGGAGUCGAAGUGUAGAUAAAGACAGGAGGAAGAAAGAUAAAGAAAGGGACCGUGAACAGGACAAAAGAAAAGAGAAACAGAAAAGGGAAGAAAAAGAUUUUAAAUUCAGUAGUCAGGAUGAUCGGUUAAAAAGGAAGCGAGAGAGUGAGAGAAUGUUCUGCAGGAGUGGUUCUAUAUCUGUUAAAGUCAUACGACAUGACUCUAGACAGGACAGUAAGAAAAACGCUACCAAAGACAGUAAAAAGCAUUCAGGUUCUGAUUCUAGUGGAAGGAGCAGUUCUGAAUCCCCUGGAAGUAGCAAAGAAAAGAAGGCUAAGAAGCCUAAACAUAGUCGGUCGCGCUCCAUGGAGAAAUCUCAAAGGUCUGGUAAGAAGGCAAGCCGCAAACACAAGUCUAAGUCCCGAUCAAGAUCAACAACCCCUCCCCGUCGUAAGCGCUGAGGAAUGAUGUGGCAAGAGUGCCAUGAUGCUGUUUUUAAAAAUUCCAUGAGUUUUAAGGGCUUGUCUCAUUAUAGAGGCACAUUGUGGCUGUGGAGGUGAAACCAGAUUUUUUUUUAAUUGUGUAAAUAGAUGUCUUUUUCCAAAUGCUGCUCCAAGUUAAUAGGAUUUCUUUGUAUUACAUUUUUUCAAGACAUAGUACAUAAUAAGACUAUAAAUAUGCCAUUCUCUUUCAGCUGUAAUGUUCUUCAAAUUAUUCUUGAAUGUACUGUGAUGUCAAUAAAGCUCUUCAGUUCAUUUUUGUUAAA